GCCGCCGGGCUCCACACCGCCUUUGCUAAUGGCAGGGCCGGAAGGCGAUCGCCUGCCUUCUCGACGUCAACGCCCUGAGACCAGCCCGCCUGUCUCAGGUCAACUUUGUGCAUUUCUAAUCUGCGAUCCAUUGUUUUGCCUCCACAUCGAGAAACUGCAAAGCCCCUCGCUUCUCCAAGGGACCUUGCACCAAAUAUUGGCGCAUUUUCGGCAGCUCUUUGAUGCCUAGAUCACCUACCCAGAGAACCCGCCGUAAUUCGUGCUGACGUCGUCGCGGUGACUUGCAAACCGACAGUCAUCGUGUUAUUUCGCGAAUCGACUUGUUCUUGUCUUAACCCAAGGGGCUUAAGUGUCCAACAAAUUCACGGUCGCCGCGCCGACCGCAAAAAUCGGAACGAAGGAUAAUAGACACAUCGCUCUAGACCAUGGUUGUCCGCCAACCCUAGCCCACCAUGACGGCGCUUUCUCUCCAAGCUCCGCCGCAGCCGGCCCAGCUCGGUCGUCACCAGAAUGGUGCCCAGUUGUCGAGGGGCACCACGGCCCCGAUGGGUUCCUCUCCUGCGCGAAAUCCCGGCGCCUUUUCUCGGCAAACCGUUCGCGCCAUGUCACACCUGCAUGCCCAGUAUGCCGAGGCCUCGGCUCCGCGCACUGGAAAUAAUGCCGGUAUCCGCUCCGUGUCGCCGGGACAGGCACCCUUGGGACAAGGGAUGCCAAUCGUCAAUGGCAGGCGACGAACCGCAUCACCCGGUCCGGUUUCACGACGACCCUCGAGCGCGCCCGGAGAGCAACAAGGCGGCCCGUCGACCUCUCGCGGCGAAGAUAGAGAUACCGACGACGAUGACCAUGCCGUCAUAGCAAGACCAGCCAAGCCGCUGCUGCUCCGAUCUAAAAGUGAACACGGCAUCCGCCCCGACGAGGCAACUUUGGCCGACGACGAAAACUACGAGUGGGGUGCGAGGCAUGGUUUUGAGGAUCACUACCAAUCCGAAGACAUCAUCUCCCAGCUUGCCAAUAACUGGUACAUGUAUUUCACCGACAAGCGGCAUGAAUCCACCGGGAAGCCCAAGACCCCAGCCUUCGAGAUACAGGACUGGCGGAUGCGAGACCGGCUCAAGACCGUUUCGGCCGCCAUCGCAGUGUGCUUGAACAUCGGUGUUGAGCCGCCCGACCAGCUUAGGACGACCCCUGGGGCCAAACUGGAAGCCUGGCAAGACCCGACCAUUCCCCCAACUGGAAAAGCCCUCGAGAAUAUCGGCAAGGCACUGCAAGCGCAAUACGAGACCCUGGCUCUCCGAACCCGCUGCAAGCAGUACCUCGACCCUUCCAUCGAGGAGACGAAGAAAUUUAGUAUAUCUCUUCGCCGAAAUGCCAAGGAUGAGCGCGUCCUUUUUCAUUACAACGGUCACGGGGUCCCGAAGCCAACGUCUUCCGGAGAAAUCUGGGUGUUUAAUAAAAAUUACACCCAGUACAUCCCGGUUGCCUUGUACGAUCUUCAGCAAUGGCUUCAAGCACCCACGAUAUUUGUCUGGGACUGCUCUGAGGCUGGGAAUAUUAUAAAGAACUACCACAGAUUUGUCGAGAAGCAUGAGCAGGAGGAGCAGGAGCAGGCGGCCAGGGACCCAAACUACGAAAAGAUGAACUUCCAGCCAUACAUCCAUCUAGCCGCCUGCGACACCAAGGAGAACCUUCCAACAAACCCUCUUCUCCCGGCUGAUCUUUUCACUUGCUGCUUGACCACGCCCAUCGAGAUGGCCCUGUGGUUUUUCGUCCUGCAGAACCCUCUCAAAACUGAUCUUACACCUGAGAGGGCCAAGAAACUCCCCGGCAGACUACAGGAACGUAGGACUCCUCUGGGAGAGCUGAAUUGGAUCUUCACUGCUAUCACGGACACUAUCGCAUGGACAACUCUGCCUCGGCACCUGUUCCGCAAGUUUUUCCGGCAGGAUUUGAUGGUCGCUGCGCUGUUCCGCAACUUCUUGCUCGCACAGCGAAUCAUGCCCGUCUACGGAUGCCACCCACAGUCUUUUCCUGAGCUGCCUGAUACCCGCAAGCAUCCUCUCUGGGACAGUUGGGACCAUGCUGUCGACAUGGCAUUGGCCCAACUACCUAUGCUGGAGAGGAAAGAGGCUGAGAAUAUCCCGUACGAGUACGUCAACUCGACGUUUUUUACCGAGCAGCUUACCGCGUUCGAGAUAUACUUGACGAGGGGAGACGCAAUUUCCCAGAAACCCCCAGAGCAGCUCCCCGUGGUGCUUCAGGUCCUCCUUAGUCAGCAGCAUCGCCUCAGGGCCCUAAUCCUGCUGGGCAGAUUCCUUGAUCUCGGCCCUUGGGCCGUGCAGCUCGCCUUGAGCAUCGGCAUAUUUCCCUACGUUUUGAAGCUGCUGCAAUCCGCCGCCCAAGAGCUCAAGCCGGUCAUGGUCUUUAUCUGGACCCGUGUCCUGGCCGUUGAUAUCUCGUGCCAGCAGGACCUAAUCAAAGACAAUGGCUACACGUACUUCGCGGCCAUAAUGAAACCGCAGGAAACCUUCCCGGUGGUCAGCAUGACAGUAAUGGAUGAGCACAAGGCCAUGUGUGCCUUUAUCCUAGCCAUGCUGUGCAAGGGUUUCAAGCCCGGCCAGAUUGUCUGCAACUCAACCGACAUAAUGACGUACUGUCUCCAACACAUCACGCAUCCUGAGAACCCUCUCCUCCGGCAAUGGUCGUGCCUUUGCAUCAGCCAGUUGUGGAGGGAUCUCCCUGAAGCAAAGUGGAGGGGCAUCCGGGAAAACGCCCACCUCAAGCUUGCUCUUCUCAUCAGGGAUCAGUGUCCCGAGGUCCGCACUGCCAUGGCCCACGCCAUGACCACCUUUCUCGGCAUUCCAGACCUGACAGAUGAGGUUGCGAGGUUGGAAGAGGGGAUUGCUUGGGCCAUGCUUGAGUUGGUCAACGACGCCAGCCCCAUCGUCCGGAAAGAACUCCUCGUCUUCUUCUCACAUUUUGUGCUCCGUUACGAGGGCAAAUUCCUGGUUGCCGCCUAUGAGCAGCUCUUAGAAGAGAAAGAGUACCUGCUCUUUCCGCCGCCAGAGGACGGAAUGGACCACAAAAUGGGGCUGCAUUAUGCCCGGCUCGAGAACCGUGAGAGAGAUGGCACCAUCAAGCGCACCGUAUUUGGGGUGGCGCAUGAUUCUGUUUUCGCGGCAUGCUGGAAGCAUAUCAACAUUUUGAGCGUCGAUCCCCACCCUGAGGUUCAAAGAGAUGCCACAAUCAUCCUGGAUUACGUUCAUCACGCGCUCUUGCACUCGCCUGUCGGCGCACAGGCACAGACUCUGAUGGAUGAGAUACUCAGGCGUGAUAGGAAAGCGCCGAAGGGCGACAUGAGCCAAAGGGCGAGCGCGACUGGCACGCGCACUGCGGUCGCACAGCCGAUGCCGUCGCCUGGGCUCUUCAAGCGAACUGCCAGCUACCUGUUUGGGCCCCUGAUGGGAACGCUGGACGGGUCAUCCAGCACCCCUACUACCCCACCUCCCACUCCAGGGUUGCAAAGAUCUCAUUCUCAGCGGAGCCGUAAAGGGCCCAGCCAUGAGAACGCCCCUCCGGAGCAGCGGGAUCAAGCCGCAUCACCAGCAAACUAUCAUGUUGCGAAUGAACCGACGUGUGCCGGUUACGAAGAGCGCAAGCCCGGCGAGCUGCCCAGCCUUCCCCUCGUAAGCACGUUUCUGGAUUGGUCAUCUGAGUACUUCCGAGAGCCGCAAAUGAAGUCACCCGAGGCCGAGGAGCCCGGAAGCCAGGAUUACAACGAACGGCUCUGGCGCCGGUCCCGCAACGAGGCUGUUCUUAGGGAGACGCAGCCUCAAAAGACUCACGCUAGGACACACAAGUGGAAUAACCAGAUCAGCGUCAUCAGCAACGGUUCCCAGCCGGCAAAGAUGACAUUCCACCAGUUUGAGAAUCACGUUGCUGUCGCCGAUGACGGAAACACGGUCACCAUCUGGGACUGGAAGGCCAACAGCCGCUUGAGUCGCUUCUCAAAUGGUAACCCAGAAGGCUCCAAGAUUUCCGACAUGCGAUUCAUCAACGAAGACGAUCAGGCCCUUUUGAUGACUGGAUCCUCUGACGGUGUAAUCCGCGUUUACCACAAGUACGACAGCGAUGAAGGCAUCCAGCUCGCUUCAUCAUGGCGGGCCCUGACCCACAUGGUGCCCUCCAACGUAAACUCGGGCAUGGUCUUUGAGUGGCAACAGGUGAACGGCCAGGUCCUGGUCGCCGGCGACGAGCGUGUCAUCCGCAUUUGGAAUGCCGGCCACGAGAUGUGCACGCAUGAGAUUCCGGCCCGGUCCGGUUCGUGCGUCACGUCAUUGACAUCGGACCAAAUGACGGGCAAUAUCUUUGUUGCCGGCUUUGGCGACGGUGCUAUCCGUGUCUUCGACACGCGCAUGAGGCCGCAGGAAACCAUGGUGCGCAAAUGGAAGGAUGACAGCAGGCAGUGGGUGCGCUCGGUGCACAUGCAGCGCGGCGGGCAGAGGGAGCUCCUGUCGGCGAGCCGCAAUGGCAAGGUGCACCUGUGGGAUAUCCGCAUGGAACAGCCGUUGAAGACCUUCCAGACGACAAAGGACGUGCUGAGGACGGCAAGCACGCAUGAGCACUUGCCUGUGUUUGCAGUCGGCACCUCUGCGCAUCUGGUCAAGGUCUUUGAUUUUGACGGGCACGAGCUCUCGCGUUUGGAGCCUUAUUCCAGCUUUUUGCAGGGCCACAAGGGCACUCCCAUCGCGGCCACGGCUUUCCACCCACACCGCAUGGUCCUGGGGUGUGCUGCGCGGGGCGAUAACUAUAUCAGCCUCUUUGCUUGUGGCAACGAGAAGGUUGGGCCGUUCUUUUAAUUGCAUCCCUUUCCUGCUCUGAAGGUUUCUAUCCUGAUUUCUGGCGUCUGGUCUCGGCAUUGCAUUUGGGGCAGCGGGAUACCUUUGGCGUUUCGGGGUAUAAUGGUAAUGGAAGGCAUUGCACCUGCGCCGAGUGUAACGGAGGCAUAUCUGGUUUUCCUACUUCGCUUGGUGGCAUGGGCCUCUUACGGGCAUAUCGGUAUAGUCUAUGCUAAUAUAAUAGUGACAAUGGUCGUUCCCCCUUUCCGAUGCUAUAAUCAUUGUAUAAUGCUACAGGCUCCUGGGAUUGGUAUCAAGUCGUUAGGUGACAUCGACAUGGAGAAGUGUAGCUGUGUUAUACGCUGAUUGUCUAGCGAUCUUUUAGAUAUGGUCUAAUGCCAGCGU